AUCGCCACCCGGCUCGUCAUUCGUCGUUGUCGCGACUCGAUCAUUGCAGUACUGACAGACCUGACACGCUUCAUGCGCGACCAGGGGUUCAGCCCUACCUGAAACAUGGAACCGACCGGCCAUGGUCCAGCACUCGUCAGCCAAGUCCAAGCAGCUCAGAAACACCAAUCGUAGCCGACCACUCACGAGUCCACUGCAUAGAGUUCUGACCUGGGCUCCCAAGUUGCCGAAGAUUGCAUUGCUGGUGGGUGUGUCGAAAUGGGCAAAUUUAGAGCAGGAGGGAAUGUAUAGAGUAUACUGAGGCGCACUUCAGGGCCUUGUUUCCUUCUUCUCUAGAUUCCUCUUUCUACCUUCGGGAUCAUUCGAUCCUUCGACUCCAUAUCAUCGAUUGUUGGAGAUCCACAAUAUCGAUCCUGAGGCGAUCGAACUUGAAUCCCAAGUGAAUUACGAAAACCACUCUCGAUCGCAGCGACGAUUCACACAAAAUGGUCAACAUCAACUCAAUGCACCCCGUGCGUGCUACACAAGCCACUUUUGCCAUAAUCGUUCUAGGACUCAUGGCCUACGUUUCCUCAUGGUGGACAUCGCACUGGCAGCAGGCCUCUCCUGCCCAAGUCUCACUCCUGAUCUUUGCACCCGUCUGGUCGCUCAUCACACUCAUCCCAAUCCUCCUCAUACCGCUCAAGUUCAGCCACCUGCUCUCGUCCGCCGGCAUCCGCUGGGGCCUCGUUGCGCUUGAUGCGCUCACCAUGCUAUUCUGGUUCGCUGGGUUCGUGGCGCUGGCUGUGUUCUUGAAUGGAAGGAUUUGCUUUGGGCAGGUGUGUGAUGUUGCGAGGGCGGGGGCGGUGUUUGGAGGCUUGAGUUGGGCAGUUGCGACGGGUGCGCUUGGGUAUGAGACGUAUCUUGCUGUUACGACGGAGAAGAGGAGGGUGCCGGCGGUGCAGAAGCCGGAUGUUGCUAUGCAUCAGGGAGUGUAAGAAAGCAGCAAUUGAGAAAGGAGACGCUGAUGGACGUAAUGAUAACGGUAUGAAGGCAUGGAGAACAGAAUCAAAG